UGCUUGUACCAGUUCCUGGCGUUCGUCCCACCGAGCAACGGGAGCCUGAGAAAACCGGGCACGGCGGCAGUAAUGGUCGACACCCAGCAUCCACUCACCCUUUUGCUAAAUGGCUCUGUGGGUGACAGAGAGCUCUGCAAGAUUCAGUAUCAUUUUGGAGAGUUUGGCAAUUAUUCCCUUGUGGUAAAGACCCUAAGUACAAGCACCAAAACUGUUUCUUGUGACCUAGUCAUCAAUGAAGGCCCUAUCAACAGCUACCUCCCUAUUCUCUUUGCUUUCCUGGUUUACAUGGGGAUCCUUGCUAUCCUGAUUGUUGGGCGCCUUUUUAUGAAAAUUGAUCCAGUCAGAAACUGGGUUUACAAGAAACUGAACCCCAGAGAAACUGAUCGUCUGAUUAAUUCUGAGCUUGGGUCCCCGAACACAACAGACUCCGUUAGCAGUGAUCCCACUGUGCGUUUGUGGAGCACAGUCUCUCGGCAGCGGCUGCGUUCCCUGGACACGUUCCGAGGGCUCUCUCUUAUAAUUAUGGUGUUUGUUAACUACGGAGGAGGAAAAUACUGGUUCUUCAAACAUGAGAGUUGGAAUGGAUUAACAGUGGCAGAUCUGGUGUUUCCAUGGUUUGUGUUCAUCAUGGGGACAUCGAUAUCGCUGUCACUGAGCAACAUGCUGAGGUGGGGAAGUUCCAAGUGGAAGGUGCUCGGGAAAAUCCUUUGGAGAAGUUUUCUGCUAAUCCUGCUGGGAAUCAUAGUUGUGAAUCCCAAUUACUGCCUUGGACCACUGUCCUGGGAUAAUCUGCGUAUUCCUGGGGUGCUCCAGAGGCUGGGAUUCACAUACCUGGUGGUUGCUGCUCUAGAACUCCUGUUUACAAGAGCUGGGGCUGAGAGUGGGACCUUGGAGACACUAUGUCCUGCUCUGCAGGAUAUUCUCCCCUACUGGCCACAGUGGAUUUUCAUUCUGAUGUUAGAAGUGAUUUGGCUCUGCCUGACCUUUUUGUUACCAGUGCCAGGUUGUCCCAGGGGCUAUCUUGGUCCUGGGGGCAUUGGAGACUUUGGAAGUUAUCCCAACUGCACUGGAGGAGCGGCUGGUUACAUUGAUCGUUUACUUCUUGGAGAAAAGCAUAUAUAUCAGCAUCCCUCUUCAAGUGUGAUUUACCAAACAACGAUGCCAUAUGAUCCUGAAGGGAUCCUGGGAACCAUAAAUACCAUUUUUAUGGCAUUUCUGGGACUGCAGGCAGGAAAAAUUAUCUUGUUCUACAAAGACCAGCACAAACAAAUUAUGAGUCGGUUCUUCAUAUGGAGCAUAGUAAUGGGAAUUAUUUCUGCUAUCCUGACAAAAUGUUCUAAAGACGAAGGGUUUAUUCCCAUAAACAAGAACUUAUGGUCAAUAUCAUAUGUGACAACCAUGAGCUGCUUUGCCUUCAUCCUCUUAUUGCUGAUAUAUUACCUUGUGGAUGUCAAGAGACUGUGGUCGGGGGCUCCAUUUUUCUACCCAGGAAUGAACUCAAUCCUGGUCUACAUUGGACAUGAAGUGUUUGAAAACUAUUUCCCUUUUAAGUGGAAGAUGCAAGACAGUCAAUCUCACGCAGAGCAUCUGACUCAAAACCUCACUGCGACAACUCUUUGGGUCAUAAUAUCAUAUUUACUUUACAGGAGAAGGAUAUUCUGGAAAAUCUGAUAGAGGUGUCAAGGUGUAGCAGACCUAGAUUCCGAUGGGGCAAGUGCAUAAGGUGGAUUAGCCUGAAAUAUUGCCACUUGGGCUAGGCUAUAUUACUUAAAAGGGAUACUAGUUCAAGUUUACAGUGCCAUGGAAGUUGUCAUCAAGACUUUUAUGUGACUUAAGGGACAGCAUUUUCUUGUUUAGCAAAAAACUUACUAGUUUGCUGCAGUUGCUCUCUUUCUGUUUUCUGUAUUUUG